UUGCAUAAAAAAGAAGAAGAAGAAGUGUCUGCUUCAACUUCCAAAGCAAACGUGGAGGAGCUAACUCCAAAAUCUCGUUCGUCAUCAAGGGAACCGGCAGCGUUGAAAAAAUCGUUGAAAUGCAUAUUUUGUAAGAAGGUAAGAAGAAACCAAGAUAUGCAGCUACAUUUAUGUUCGGAAAUUUCAGCAGCGGAAAAAUUUUUUGGUACUGCACGUAGGAAAGAAGAUCAUGUUUUCACUGAUCUGAGUACUUGUCAACGGCCUGAAGAUUUAUUUGCUAUCGGAGUGAGAUAUCACAAACAUUGUUACCUUGAUUAUUUAAGAUUACCGAGAAGUUCGGAAUUGCCAGCUGCAAAUCAAAUCCCUAAAGAAAUACUUAUCGAUGCAUUUGACAAACUAAUAGAUGAAAUUAAAGACCGGUUACCAACACAUUCUUUUGAAGUGCGUUUCUUAGCUCAACGACUCACUGAACUUACAAAUAUUGAGGGUGCAGUGAUCGAAAAUCGUGUUGUGAAAUCACUACUUAUAGAUAAAUUUGGUGAAAACAUAUUAUUUUCUUACCCGACUGAUCGAUCAAAAUCAUCAUUAGCGUCUAUGGGAAAUAUACCAUUGCCGGAAAUAAUAGAAUAUGUUCGGAACAUCAAUUCAAAAAACACCAUCAUUGAGACUGCAAAAUUAAUCGUUAUUCCUUCAUGGUUCCAUCGACAACAACGACUUCAAUGA